GAAGAAAAGUGCCGUAGAAAAUCAGAUCAGAUCAGGUCAGACCAGAUUGAGAUUGAGAUUGAUCCGAUGUCUUCUUCAAGCAGCAGCAGCAACAACAACAGCAUGAGUGCGCUGGCGGUUGGAGCCGCCGUUGGAGCGCUCGGACUCCAGGCAGCAAAGCGACUCUCCAGCUCCUCCCUGAUGGACCAAGAUUCGGAAGGCCGACGUUCAUGGUCGUCGUCGCCAAGGAAAAACGACAAGAACGUCGGAAUCCUCGCCAUGGAAGUCUACACGCCAUCUACUUAUAUCACCCAGUCCGAUCUGGAAGAACACUCAGGGGUUUCCAAGGGAAAAUACACCCUCGGAUUGGGCCAAGAGGGCCUCGGAAUUUGCGGUGACGCCGAAGAUGUCAACAGUCUGGCAUUGACCGUCGUGCACUCCCUCCUCGAAAAGUGAGUCGACAGACAUGACUUGUCCCUUGUAUGAACAUGCAGAGAAACAGAUACCCAUGCCGUAUCAAUGGAAAGGAUGAAACGAUACAGCAAGCCAUUCAUCCCUUGAGGUUCGAUGCAAUGCGUUUUGAUUUGCUCUCGCUUUCUUUGCAUUAUCAUUUUGUGCGUGAGCAUUUUAUUCUUUCGCCAUCUGCCUUUCGCUCACUCGCUUUCUUGCGCACUGCUGUGCAUUGCUCCGAACCAAACCUUCCCGAAGAUAUCAGAUCGAUCCGUCCGAGGUAGGCCGCCUGGAGGUGGGAACCGAAACCCUUGUAGACAAGUCCAAGUCCACCAAGACCAUCCUUAUGGAUCUCUUUCCUGGAAACACCAACAUCGAGGGAGCAACCGUCGUCAACGCCUGCUACGGAGGCACUGCCGCGCUCCUCAAUGCGUUCAUGUGGGUGGAAUCCGAUGGAUGGGACGGACGCUACGCCAUUGUCGUGGCCGCCGACAUUGCGGCCUAUGCCCGUGGGGGUGCCCGCCCAACGUCCGGCGCAGGAGCCGUGGCCGUGCUGGUGGGGCGAGACGCACCAAUCGUCUUUAAUCCCAAGGAUCGGGCCACCCAUGCCGCAAACGUUUGGGAUUUCUUCAAGCCGGACCACACGGUGGAGUACCCGACCGUCGACGGAAAGCUGUCCCAGGUCUGCUACUAUCGCGCACUCGAAGACGUGUACACCAGGUUCUGCGACAAGCUUGGCACAAACAGCAGCAGCAACGGCCGAGCGGAGGAGAAAAAAACARGCACCGACGACGGUUCCGACUGCGAUAUUUUCGACGCGACAAGCCACGAUUAUUUCGUCUUUCAUGCGCCGUACAACAAACUGGUGCAAAAGUCUUUCGGCAGGCUCAUGUUUCUAGAUGCCAGAAAGCGCUUCGAACGGACUGGAAAAGUGGACGAGGCCUUCGGGGAAGAACUCUUGUCGAAACCCAUCGAAGAAACCUACGCCGACAGGGCCCUGGAGGGCAUCCUCAAGAAACAAUCCGCUGCCGACUUUAAGAAGCGCUUGGAAGAUUCCAACAUGACCAGCAAGCUUGUUGGCAACACGUAUACCGCCAGCGUCUUCUUGGGUUUGGCGUCUUUGAUUGAUCGUGCCGGUGGAAGGGGAGACCUGACGGUUGGGAAAUCCAUCGCGGUGUUUUCAUACGGUUCCGGUGCUCUGGCAACCAUGUACCGACUCUCUGUGUAAGUUAUGGUUUGGUUAUGUUUGUGUUCGGGUUCGGGUUCGAUUGCCAUGGGAUUGGAACAAGAACCGUUGCCGCAACGCUUCGCAUGCGAUUUUAGCACGAAUAAAUGCGAAUGAACUCACCAAUGCGAAUCCUUUUUUGUCUGUUUGCACAACAGUCGUGAACCCUAUUCUUCGAGAUUCUCGAUCCAAAAGAUGGCGGACAGUCUCAAUUUGAUGGAACGGUUGGCAUCGCGAGAAAAGGUUCACCCCAGCGAACUCGAUCACGCCUUGGAAACCAGAGCCCGCAUGCACCGUGCCGGAUCGCCCUAUUCGCCUGUUUACCCCACUGUAGGCAGGCUUUUUCCGGGAACCUAUUAUUUGAACGGCAUUGACUCCUCGUGGAGAAGAACUUACUCUAGAGUUCCUCUCGACGCUAAAAUGGAUCCACACGGAACGCCUUUGGCUCCUCCAAUUGUGAUGCGCUUGGCAGAAAGGGAUCAAAUGUCCCAUCCCGUGACCGGAAAACUUGCGGUGUUGUCUUCGACCGAAGAGGGCAAUGCCGACAAGGCUACCGAGGCUCGCCGUCGGAUUGCGUGUGUCAUUACGGGUACCGCUGCGGGAUUACCUGGAAAUGAAGCAGUAUUUUCUCCCAAAAACAUGGAUCGCUUGAUCAAUGCAGAAAACUGCAUUGAUCCGAUCAGUGGCAGCUUGAAAAUGGCGUUCCUCGAAAAGAAUGUUGUGCAGGUGAAAAAGUUCCCCGACGGAACGUCCAAACGUGUGAAG